UCCGUAGUUAGCUACUGUCACAUGAAUGUUUUGUUGCGAAAGCUCAGCUUGACAGUUUCAUGUCAAAUUUCACGGGUCUUGGUUUGCCAGCUGGAUCUCAAGUGGCAGAUUUCCCUACUAAAUAACAACGAGAUAUCCCCGACAGCUAUUUUAAAGGCGUCAAGACGACCGUGAUCUGGGAACGUCUCACGCCAAAUGAUUGUUAAGAAUCUCCUGCAUAGCCAUUAGCCAGUCAUGCUGCGAUGGAUACUCGGUGGUCGGGAAGCACAGGGGUCUGUCGAGAAAAACCCUGUGCUAUUCAUUGGGGAGGAACAGCCCAAAAACUGGUUCACUGAACUGCAGGUGCUAAAAGGACAUUUUGACAUUGUUCGAUUUCUGGUGCAGAUUGAUGACUUCAGGUUUGCAUCUGCAGGAGACGAUGGUCUGGUGUUGGUGUGGAACGUGGAGACAGGAGAGAGGCUGCUGGAACUAAGGGGUCACUCCCAGCAGAUAACGGCCAUGACAGCCUACACACACACCAGUGGAGAGAACACACACACCUCCCUCAUCACAGCUUCCUCGGACCGCACCCUCAGUCUGUGGGACCCAGAGACAGGCAACAGGGUUCAGACCGUCUCAGACCUCCAGUCCUCUGUCAAGUGUCUGCUGGUGUUGGAGCGGUUAUGUGUGUGGGUGUCGGGAGGAAAUGAGUUGUGUGUGUGGAACAGAGACUUCCAGCUGCAGUGUCAGAGCCAGCACCACCACGACACAGGAAUCAGUGCCAUGGUGGAGUUGCCUAAGAACUGUAUAGCAGCAGCUAUGGACAAAGAUAUAGUGAUUUUCAGGCUGACCAUGUCCACAGGGUCCCGGUUGUCUGUGGCAGAGGUCAGACGUCUAUCUGACCACCAGGACAGCAUCCACGCUCUCAUCAACAUCAAUGAUGGCCUAUUUGCCAGUGGGUCCCAUGUUGGCGAGCUGAUCCUGUGGGACGCUGUUGAUUGGACGAUUAUGGCCUAUGAGCACAUCCUGUGGGAGGAGUCUCAGACCGACACCCAGGCUGAGAUCCGAUUGGCCGCUCCGAAACCCAGUGAGAUGUCCAUCCAACAGCUGACAUCCGAUGGAGAGCUGAUGGUGGCUGCAGUGGGCAGUGGUCUGUAUGUGUACAGCGUCAUCACUAAAAGUGUUGUGGCCUACAGGAAGACAGCCCAUGACUCCAACGUACUACACACCAUGCUGCUGCCUGAUGGGGGGCUGAUGUCGUGCUCCGAGGAUGGCAGUGUGAGGAUUUGGGAGAUGCAGGACCUCCUGUUACCUGCAGAACCAGCCUCUGCAGGGUUCUUUGGGAUGUGGACUUUCGGCAGGUCCAAUAAGCAGGCGGGGCCUCCUGUGAAGAAGGUUCUUGAACUCCCCAGUCUCAGAACAUUGGAACUGACGGGCGACCUGAUUGGACACUCAGGGGCCGUGCAGAUGUUUGUGAGUUUUGGGGAGAAGGGUCUGGUAACAUGUUCUACAGACCACCUGCUGAUUGCAUGGAAGAACAGAGAGAGAGAGUCUCACCUCCGCAGUCUCGCCCUCUUCAGGAAACUGGAGGAGAACGGAGGACUCUGACCCCCCACCCCCACCUGUCAGUCACUAACACAAUUAUUUAUGAUUUUACAGAACACUUUCUACUGGAAGUUAAGGUUUUAAAGAGGGGUGGAAUGUAUUUGUUCCUAGGCGUUGUUAUUUCACUGUCUCUGAGGUUCAUGGAUGUGUCAUAUAUAUAUAUAUAUAUAUAAUGUGUGUGUGUACAAUGUGAUGGAUAUUUCUUUACCAUGUUUGUUGGUUUAGUGAUUUUACAACGUGUGAAAUUGUGUGUUUCAAGUCUUCAAUUUUAAUCUGAUGUUAUGUAUGCCUGUCUUCAAGUCGGUCACACAUUUAUUUGCCAAAUGUCUGUAUGGUUAUUUUAACUAUUUUUACCCCACAGUUGCUUGUUUUUUAAAGCCUAAAAAUGUCACAAAUUAAAGAUACAACUGGUCACAAACA